GCAAUUUUUGUGUACUAAAUAAAGUAGCAAAACUUAUACUCUGUACGUCAGCCGUGAUUCAUCUGGAUUUUAUGAAAUAAUUGAAAAAAUUACAAGCAGAGCAGUGCAAAACACAAGUACUAAACUAUUUUAAACGUGUACUAUACACAGUGCUCACGAUCCGAAGAGAUAUUGGCUAUUGCAAACAAUCAAAUCGUGACGAAUUGAGAGCAUUUGAAACACCAUCCCCCCAGGAACACUAACAACAAACACCACGGAAAAAAUGGUAGAUGUGGCCGCUGAUAGUCUUGAAUUGCCACCUUUACGUAGUCUCGAUGAUUUCGUACUGGGUUCGGCCAGAUUUCAAAUACCCAAUAUCAAAGAUUUCGAUAAAUGGGGCAAUCGUGUGGUGAAGAAUCUACUCUACUAUCAAACAAAUUACUUCCUCUUGUUUUUGGCCAUCUAUGGCCUUAUGAUGAUUGUGAAUCCAGUGAAAAUCAUUUGUGGACUUACCGUACAGGCCAUGAUUAUUGCCAUCAUCUUGCAUUUCUUCAGUGGUCAGACGAGAUUUGUACGUUUACGUGUACCAGCUGCCGGCAGUGAUACCCAGAAAUGGUAUAUUCUCGGUGGAGCUUUGUUGGUUGGAUACUUACUAUUGCAUUGGUUUGAUGCUAUUCUCUUGUCUUGUUUCACAUUGUUGUUGCCAUUUUCUCUUACAUUUAUACAUGCUUCCUUGCGUCUGAGGAAUUUGAAGAAUAAGGUCACCAAUUUGGCAACCGGUGUUAGUUUGAGUCCCUCGACCCCGAUGGGUGUAUUUUUGGAUGCAUUCAAUAUUGCUGCUGAUCGGGUCUUGAGUUAAAUUAUACGAAAAGUUGGGGAAUUGGAUUGGGAUGAGACAAGAGUUGGACGUUUGCA